AUGUACUUAUUACAGGUUUAUGCUGAUGAAAAGUAUCAAAUAUUAAACAUCAAAAGUUCAACUGGUGGAGCUAACAAUAAGAUUUUUACGACUGAAACCAUUUAUGAUUAUCAAUUAGGACUUGUAUAUGAACUCACAGAAGAAGGAAAUUGUUCAGUUUCUCCAAUGAAACUAUCAGCACCAAGUUUAGUUCAAGAUUCAUCAUUGGGUUAUGACGUCUUUAAACUUGAUUUGAAUCGAUUGCUCAACUUUGAUUUGAAUUACCGCUAUUUUGGACCAGCACUUUUUGAUGAACGGAAUGGAAUCGGAACACAAGCUUGGCAAAUAAGUCAAGAAAAUGCGAAAGUCGAGGAAAAGACAUAUCCAUAUGUCGUUACUACUCAGUAUUUCAACAGGUUGACGGAUAUAACUUCUGGCUACAAUCUUAUCGGCACCAAAAUCAAUGCCUAUGACACCAAGUAUAAAUUAAAUGCUUCAAGUUCAACUGAAUACUUCUUUUAUGGACAUGAGAUAAGCGCAUCAGAAUCAACAAGAAAGUUUAAUGUUCAAAACUGCUAUCCUGAUCCUGCAUCGAGAAAGACUAUUGCAAUUUAUUUCACCUGUAAAGGUUAG